AUGACAUUCGGAUACAUAAGCCGCGCCGUCUCUGCCACAGACCCCAAUAGCCUCGGCCCCUACAUCAGUCAAUCCCUGUUGAUUCUGCUCCCACCCUCACUCUACGCCGCCACUAUUUACAUGUGCUACGGACGAAUUGUGAGGUGCACCCAACGACCAGAACUUUCUAUAAUCGCUCCGACAAAAGUGACCAAACUCUUUGUCAUUGGGGAUGUCCUCGCCUUCCUCCUACAGUGCAGCGGUGGAGGGAUGAUGGCGAUAAACGGCCUGGGCGACAUCGGUCAGAAGAUUCUCGUCUUUGGCCUAUUUAUACAACUGCUCUUCUUCGGGUUCUUCUUAUACGUGUCGGUCAAGUUCUCAUUGCGGAUCCGCAGCAGCCCGACCAGGGUGCCAGGUGGGCCGUGGAGGAAUCUGCUCUACAUCCUCUAUAUCAUGGCCGCCCUCAUCAUCUUCAGAUGUGUUUAUCGAAUUGUUGAGUUUCUGCAAGGUCAUGACGGCUACCUUGUUUCGCAUGAGAUAUAUAUGUAUCUGUUCGAUACCAUCCCGAUGCUGCUCGUGCAAGUUAUCUUCCACCGAUGGAAGCCGUACAACAUGCUCUCGAUGACCGAGACUGAUUUAGGAUGCGGUGAAAGCUACGUGAAUCUCCAGGGGCUACGCUAG